GUCAGUUGACGAACUGAUCACGUGGGCAUAGCGGAAAUGGCUGCUCUGGUAAUGAUUUUGAAAAUGCUUCGGUGUGUUUGUUAUCCGGUUUUUAUUGAGAAACGCGUCUCAUUGUUAAUACAGUUUUGAAGAUAUAUGGACAAAUUGUCAGUGACUAGAACCUAGAUCUUCGUGAAUGAAUACAGUACUCCGCGUGUGCCCAUCAAUGAGUUUAUUUCAGGCUCUCUGGUCCUCAGCUAACGUAGGUUAGCUAAGUUAAUUUACCCUACUGGAAGGCAAGAAGCUAAGUAGGUGAGCUUAUUUGAACGUUAAAGGCCUGGAUUUCUUCUUCAGAAAACGAGCCAUUUGUGAACAUUCGAGGAUGCCGACAGCACUGAAAACAAAGGCAUGACUACUGCCCUGGAAAUGUCUGAGCCUAGCAGUCCGCAGUCUUUCUUGGUAGAGCCUGAUACCCCUGGUCCAAUGAAUCGUGCCUGUUUGAUGGACGACAGCAACUUGCUUGUGGAUGACAGUGAUGGAGAUUGCAGCAACCUCAGUUCUGUUACAGUACCAGAAACACCAAGUCCUCUGUGUCUCAGAAGGCGAGUGCAUCUACAGGGAACCUGGCCUGAAACAGGGACUCCGCCCCUGAGUUUAGACACUAGGUGUAACACUGAUGACAAGUCUUCGGCUGAGGCCCUGUGCACUACCCCAACCUCACACCAGAAAUGCAAGCGCCGCAGAAUAGUUGAGGAAACGCCAAGCUCUGAGGUGGCGAAACCAAGCCGCUAUGGGAGUAAUGGUUUUGUACCAGCCUCCAAAUUAAUGCAAACAUAUGCCCCCUGGCUGGAAGUCCCUCGCCCUUCAGCUUCUUUUGCGUCAGCGUCGUCGUCCUCCGUACUCCACCACGGCGGGCCAUCCAGCUCAGACAGCACGUAUGGAGAUGAGACUGCAUGCCGGUCAAGAUUGGGACCUGCAAUGGAUUCCACAGAGCAGCCCAGCGCACACAGAGCCAGCAGAAAGAGAGAAAGACCAUCUAAGACUAAGAGUGCUUCCUCAACCAGAAGUAGCUUGCUGUCUCAAUACACAAAGACCACAGAUGCUGAGAUGUCCUACCCUCCGACUGCCUUCUUCCACUGCAGAGGUACAGCCACAGAGACACAGCCAAGGCUUUUACCUCCAUCACCCCACCAGAAACAGGAGGAGAUAGUCAUCAUCGAUGAUGAUGAGGAUGAUGUCAUAGUGGAGGCCAUGGUUCGCUCCGUUCAGUUGGCUGAGGAUGAAGCAUUUGCCAGAAGCCUUCAGGAACAGUUUGACCGAGAGGAACAGCAACAGCAACAGCAACAGCAGCUGGAACAAAGGAGGCAACAAGCAAUGCAUUCAAAUCCAUAUCAAUCUAACCACAGGUAUGAUCCAUAUGGAGGUAUGGGUUGGAUGCCUGCGUGGUCUCACAUGGGAGAUGCCUCUGGCUUUGCUUACAUUUCCCCAACCCUCGCAGAGUUACAGCAGGCCAUGUUCGCUGAACCAUCAGGAAGACAUGGCGGACACCGCAUACACUCACGCUCUCGCCCCCGCUCACGCAGACAAGGGCAACAUCUACCACUGGAUUUAUUUAAUGACAGCCAGGGAAACAACUAUGAGGCUCUGUUGGCUUUUGAAGAGGGUCAAGGUUCAGCCAUACCCAAAAAUGUGUUGACCAAGAGGGAAAUCGAGAGGCUACCCACAAAAGCCUACAACCCUGCACACAGUGCGGGGAAGACGGAGUGCCAGAUCUGUUUUUGUGAAUACACAGAGGGGGAGCAACUGAGAAUGCUACCUUGUCUCCAUGACUACCAUGUGAAAUGUAUAGACCGCUGGCUAAAGGAAAAUGUCACCUGCCCCAUUUGCAGAGCAGAUGUGUCACAGACAUCAAACUAGCUCAGGAUUCAGGAAGCAGCGUCUACCUCACAGCUUGGCGGUGUGACUGGGAUGUAGUCCUUUUACAUUUGUCUGAGCAAUAGACUUAUUUUUAGAUAGUAACAACCCUGGUCUGGUUACCUUAAUGCUCAAAACAUUUACCCCACACUGCGACACAUUUUAACCACUGUAUUUGACUUAUUCUGUUAAUAAAACCAUUCCUUGUUGUUUAUUAUA